AGGCAGCUGUAGAUUUUGUCAUGGGUGGGACUACACAGCCUGACUGGAGCCAGCUGCCGAACGAGAUUCUGCUGCAAGUCUUCAGUUACCUUAGCAACAGCGACAAGUACCACGCCGCCCUCACCUGCAAGUCCUGGCUCCGCCCACUCUCAGUGCCGUCCCUGUGGCAGUCCGGAGAUUUUGUUUUUGACUGUAAAAGCGACGAAAAGGCCAUCCGGUUUGUUGACAUCACCGGCAAAACAUUACGUCAUAUUAAGGUAGAAUGUAAAAAACUUGAAAAUCUUCAAUUGGUAUUGGAAUACCACCCAUCUUGUUCCGAGAAGAUGUAUCUGUUUUUAGCCAGCCUUUUGAAUUCAGAGAAUCACCAGCUGUUGACCUUCAGACUGAAAAAUCUGAGCAGUUUGGAAACGUAUUGCGGUGGGGAAAGGUCAACGCCGUUGUCUGAGGUCGCUAAACUCCUGAAGAGAUUCUUGAAAGUCCAGCGACAGCUUCGUGUCCUUGACCUUAGCAAUAGCGAAAAGUCUGUGAGGUUCUGUUUCAAGGAAAUUCUUACCGUGAGGCAAGGCAUGAAAUUGCUGAUAGCAGCUGGCAAAUACUGCGGCACCACGCUACAUACCCUUGCUAUCGCCAGGCUCGUUAGCUUGAAAAGUAGUUUCCAUAAUAGCAUGAGCUAUCUUCCGCAAUUUCGAAACGCCAUCUCUGGUUUCAGCAAGUUAUCAGACCUUGACCUCAGCUAUGGUUAUCUGGAAGAUGACCUGCUACUCAGCCUGGCUAAUACAACAACCAGCCUCAAGUUGAUCACAGUUCGUGCUGAUGAAAUCCCAGAGUUAGAAAGUCAAAUUACCGCUCUAGCAUGGGAGAAGCUUACAGCGGCAUGUCCUGAGCUAAAAGCGAUUUUUCACAUCAAGCACAAAUUUGAGUCGUACUCCCAAGACCCAACAUUGAUACUCACACCAUCCAUGCCACUAUAUCAAGUCAAGUGGAAAGCUGGUGCCGCCAUCGCUAAAGAGAACUUAGAGAAGUUCUUUCAACAUGUGGCACAGAACUUUCAGAAUACCAUACACCACCUUCAUCUACAGACGGGUGUCCGCCCUGACACGGAACGCUUUGAGCUUGUGUUCAAAAGUUUGCAGGCGUGCAAAAAUCUGGACACCCUGUCCCUGUGUUUGAAAAGCUACAAGAGUGGUGACGUAGAGAUGUACAUGCUGGCAAUAAAAGAUGUCAUGACGCGAUGUCCAGUGUCAUGUGACGUCACACUGAACGGUCAAGUUGUGAAGCCGGACUGGAGCCAGCUGCCGUACGAAAUUCUUCUGAAAGUCUUUAGUUACCUUAGCAACAGAGACAAGUUCAACGCCGCCCUCACCUGCAAGUCUUGGCUCCGUCCACUCUCAGUGCCGUCCGUGUGGGAGUCCGGAGAUUUUAAUAUCGACGCAGAGAGUGCUGAUAAAGCAAUAAGAUUUAUGAAAAAGGUUGGGAGAUCAUUGCGCCACAUUCGUGCAGAUUGUAGAGCCGGCGAGUACGAUGUUUGGGGAGUCGGAGGCAGCUCAUCCUGUACCGAGAAGUUGUACCAGUUUCUGGUCGACUUAUUGAACUCAGGUAACAAACAGCUGUUGACCUUCAAGCUAACCAAUAUAUACAACUUGGAAAUCAGUUCCGGUAGAGACAAGCCCAGGUCAUUCUCAGAAGUCGCUCAACUCCUGACCAAAGUUUUGGAGUACCAGCAGCAGCUUCGUGUCCUUGACCUUAGCAACAGCCAAAAGUCUGUCCAGAACUGUAUUGAGGAUAAUCUUACCAUGAAGCAAGGUAUAAAAAUGCUGAACGCUGUCAGUAGAAGCUGCGCCAACACGCUCCAAAAAUUAGCGUUCCCCAGGCUCGUUAGCUUGAAAAAUUCUUUUAUUACUGAUCUGAGACUACUGUCACAAUUUCGAAGCGCCAUCUCUAGUUUCAGCAAGUUGUCAGACCUGGAUCUGAGCUACGACUAUUUGGAAAAUGACCUUCUGCUCAGCUUGGCGAAUACAAAUACCACCCUCAAGGUGAUCACAGUUCGUGCUGACGAAAUCCCAAUGAUAGAAAGUCAAAUAACCCCUCUAGCAUGGGAGAAGCUUACAUCGGCAUGUCCCGAGCUCCGAGUCCUAUUUUUCAUCAAACCCAUAUCUGAGUCGUACUUCCAAGACGUGACAAUGAUCCUAACACCAUCCAUGCCGCUCUAUCAAGUCAAGUGGAAAUCAAGCAGUGUCAUCGCUGUAGAGAACAUAGACAAGUUCUUUCAACAUCUGGGACAGAACUUUCAGAAAACGUUACACCAUCUAGAGUGCCGUACUGAUGUCCCCAUAGACACGGAACGCUUUGAAGUGUUGUUUAAGAGUAUACAGCCGUGCACAAAUCUGGACAGCCUCACACUAGGCUUGACCUCUUGUGUGAUUGAUGACGUGGAGAUGUACAAGCUGGCCAUCAGAGAUGUCGUGAAGCGAUGUCCAUUGUCAUGUGACCUCACUCUGAACGUCCAAGUCAAAUAAAACUGGUCAGUCUGACACGGUUGGUGGGGUCAGGAGAGUUUGCCAUGUUGGAUCAGUUCACGAAUGCUUUUUUUUUUAUCGGCAGUAAAAUAAUAUUGAGCGCA